AUGCCUUCUGGUGACUAUUCCGGAAAAGAAAGGCAAUCCGUGUAUGAGAAAGCUUUGGUAAUAAGCCACGAAGGAGAAAAAAAGUUAUCACUUCUCAAGAAAGAUCUGGACCGCUCCAAAUUACAAACGUACAUCUCUUACAAGCUUGAAGAGCGAGAACUACGGAAGGAAUUGUUUCGAAUCAAACGAGAACAAAUCAGUCUGGCGAAAGAAGCAAAACAGCGACAGAGAGACAACAAAAGUAUUGAUGACAUCGCAAAAGAAAUAAAGGUUACAAAUCCUGGAAACAGAGGUGCUACAGCUAUCCAGCUUGAGAAAAAGUUCUCUUUACCGCAUAUAAACUGCACGCAAAAAAAUGUGCCAAUGAUUUUGCGUCGAAAGUUGUCACACGAGUCUGAAUAUUUCACGUGGACGUUUGGGCUUCCAACAGUUGAAAAUGCAGUGAAAGCUUUGAAUCCGUCGGACGGCGAUCAGAAGAAGAAAGGAAAAGGGGAAAGUAAAGCAACAUGUGAUGGCGACGGAAGUGAAGGGAACGACAGUGCAGGAAGAGCUCGAGCGAAUACAAUUCACCGCAUCGUGUACAACGUUCCUGUCUCUGAGCGAAGGAAAGACAACUCCAGCCUGCCUCCUAUUAAUGCAAAACUUCCGAAAAUUGAUCCAGAUAAAGGAACCGUCUCCAAUGGCAAAUCUGCUGACCACUUGAAAUUGCCAAAAAUUUAA